GCUAUUUAUUUUCCGGUGUUAUUGCAAAACAGACGAAAUGCGAGGAUUUCAUGCAACUUUUUAGGACCAAAAUAUUUGCCGACAAUGGAGAGUAACUUGGAACGUUUACUUGAAGAAACCAUGACUGGUCCUGGCGUUGUUGGAGUGUUAUGUGCAGAUAAACAAGGCCUUUGUCUUAGUGCCAAAGGAACAGCUCUGCCAGAGUCCGCUGGGCUAAUAACGGCUUUGUCUCAGCAAGCCGCUCUCUUGAAACCAGAAUCCACAGCAACGCCUGUCAUCUGCCUGGAAUCAGACAAAGGAAAUAUCUUGGUGAAGUCCCAUGAAGACACAACAUUGGUUAUCCACAAGAUGCCUGUGUACUGAUUCCAUUCCCUCACGACGGCAUGAUGAGAAAUGAUGAGACUGAUCACGUCUUAAAGGAGUUUCUCUUCUCUUCUUAGAUGGUGACGAGAGGCGGAGACAUCACUGUCGUUAUUUGUAUAUAGUCAGAUAAAUAAUGUACUCAAAAGACUUUGGCCAAGCUCGCUCAAGAACUAUCGUUGACCAUUAUUCGGCUGGGUUGGCCCAAACUCUGUCUAGUCGAUGAUAGUUGGACUACUCUAGUCGACUAUUUGGAACCAGCUUACUGGGCAUGGUCACAUUGCUAGUCAUCAACAGCUGUUUUCAUAGCACAGUGCUGAAUAGACCAGUUAUCAGAUAAUGGAAACAUUGAAUUUACAAGACUAAAGUCUGUUCGCUCUUCUUGGAUAAUCUUGGAUGCGCCAUACUGGUGGGCAAUGUCACUCUGUGCGCUAUUCAGUGAAGUGUGUAUUUUAGGCGACGCAGCGUUUACACAUAAACCUAUGCGCCUUUCUUAAUAUUUAUGCAGGAGUUGGUCACAAGGCUAACUCAAAACAAGGCGAUGGGCGCAGAGCCACUGCAUAUGAAUGCGAAUGGCGCCCAUAGCCUCAUUUUGGGUAAGAAUUAUGAUGUCAUGCAUUAAUAUUAAGAGAGGCGUAUUGCCAACCAAAAUGGUGAGCGUGGCACAGUCACCGCGUGUGACGUGCCGGCAAGGGGUCACUAUGUAUCUCACUAAACAACCACUUAUUAACUAUUGGUUCUUGCACGAACUUGGCCGUAGUGCUCCAUUUUUAAACCAGGUGGAUUAAUCUUUCAAAUAAUAAAUAGCUUUAUUGUCACCGCAGAGGCCAACUCAAAUUUAUUUUACAAUAGCAUAAUGAAUGAAAUCGAGUCUUGGAUCUAAGAUAAAACUGGCACCAAUGUGUAUUUGUAUAAGAUCUAGUAGCAGUCAGGGAACCAUACAUAAGUAUUAAUGCUUUGGUUCAUAUUGAUAAUAUCCUUUUUAGAUUAUUAAAUCGAUCUCAAUACAUAUGUAAAAGAGAUCAAUGGGUUCUCGUUACCAUUAAGUUGACCUCCCUAGUGUUCCAAAGUACAUUAUACAGCGUGUCUCUCAAGUGAAAAACUUAAUUUUGGCUAAAAUGCCCCACCUCCACCAACAGAGGGCGGUAUGUAUAGCAUCAGAUGCAGUUUGAUUUCUGACUCCACUUGUUGAGAGACACAAGUCUAAUUUAGGAACACAUACAAUUAAAUUGAGUGUACAUGUACUCCCACCAAUGAGCCAUAAAGGGUAUUAUCAGAGGACAACGCCUGGGAGCAAGACUACUCAAGCUUGGGCUGUAGGCCUAAUAGUAAUAUUCUACCAAUCGUAGAGCAAGGAGCUCCACUGUAUUAUUACAAAGAAAACACCCGAUGUACAUGUACAUAAAUUAUCGAAAAUGAAA